AUGGCUCGGGAAGCCCAUCCAAAAACACUCUUCCACCUCGUACCUACUGACAAGGUCGCCCAGAAUUCCCUCCAUCACCCCGAUAACAAACACCGCGUCUCGAGCUCCAAAUACGGCCCUGGCCUUGAGGUUGGUUAUCAUGUCCCGUCCGGCCCUCGAGGCCAUGUCAUCACCAGAGUCGGACGAGAUGCCGAUCUGAUUCUUCCCGAAAGCACCUGCAGACACCCCAUAUCCGCGGUUCACGUCGCUUUCGAGAUCAAUCCUACAACACACCUCGUCCUUCUGUCCGUCCGAUCGAAGCGCAUUUCAUCGGUCACGUUCGCGGCACUUGAAGAUCUGAAUAAGGAUGAGAACAUCGGAGAGAACAUCACCGGAGACGGCGUUAUCCUCUAUGGGCAGAACUACAAGAUCUCCAUUGCAUCUUACAACUUUAAGUUGAUCUGGCGGACCAUCUCUAAGACCAACAACGCCGAAUCUCUCAAAGCCCUCACCGUUCAAGGCUACAAAAUAUCUCAACAACUGUUGCAGGAUGUGAGAUCGCGCGACCGACCAACGGAGAACGACAAUUCAGAGGCACAGUCGUGGCAUAUGACCAGAUUAAAUACAACAAAAGAUCCCAUUUUCCAGGAUAUUAAACAUCUUCGUGAGAAAAUAGGCCGGGGAGCCUAUGGUACGGUCUACGAAGCGGUCGAUCGGACCUCUGGCUACAAGUUUGCUAUCAAAGUAGUCGAUCUUAGCGGCCAGGACGAUGUUGAGGCAGCUCGAGCUAUCCUACAUAGAGAAAUUAGACUUAUGCAGCAAGUGAAACACGAACAUAUCAUUGAAUAUCUAGGUCACCAACUUUUUGAUACUCUCUAUCCAGAGAUCUUAAUGCCCCUACGCUCCGGGUCCCUAACUUCGCUCGCCAAAUCACCGCCGCCCGAUAUCGACUAUGAACAACUCUGCUUCCAGGCGAUGGGACAGAUGCUCAGGGCUCUCGACUACCUAGCAAGCGAGAACCUGAUCCACCGGGACGUAAAGCCCGACAACGUUCUCUACUCCCUCUUAAACGGUCAUUACCAUUUCCAGUUGGCCGACUUCGGACUUGCCCAUCACCGCUCACUAGCUACAACGUUUUGUGGCACCGGCUGCUACCAGGCUCCCGAGCUCUGGCCCUCCAUCUCGGGGGUUAACGCCGGCCAGAGCCCCAAACUAGACAUCUGGUCCCUCUUUGCAUGCAUUGUUGCCGUUCGCUCAAGAAUGGAAGAGUUUCCACCAGAUACUGCAGACUAUGGUGUUGUUCUGGGCGCACUCAAUGCUAAAAUUCCAGCCGUAUCUAGACUCGAGCCUAUGGCGAGGUUGCAUCCAGAUCGCCGGGCAUCGGCUGCGCAGAUGCUAGUCCUCCUCUUCCACGGCGAAGGCUUGACAACACCCAAAUCGAAAAUCCCUCCCAUUGAGCCCAAUGUCCCAGCCGCAGAGCCGAACAGCCGUCCACGGACAAGGAGUGAUCGCGGCAAGGCUCCCCAGCCGGCGACAGCAACCGCCCGCCCGUUGAUCAUGUAUCCACGACGCAAACCUCUUGCCCGCCUGCCACCACCCAUCCGGAACCGAGGAGGCAACCUUGCGCAACCAGCUGCAGCGCAGCCCCAGCCGACUCGCGCGAGUAGGGAUGGCGUUGUCAAGCGCCGGACCAGCACGCCCAAAGCGAACAUUCUCGCCAGAACCUCGCAGGAGCAAAAUCCGCCAGUUCCCAUGGGAUCAACGUCCGUGCAAGAGCCGCCUCUUCUCACGGGACCAAUUCCCGGAUCGUUUGUCGACUGA